AUGUUAAGUUUCUCCUGAGUAAAUCUGUCAGUGUUUGAGGUUUUGGUGUAGCUAUUAUUCAGAGCUCUGUGGGUGAUCUGCAGGUUCCUGUGUGGUAAUGUUGGCAUGCAUAGAAACAAGAAGAGAGACUGGCUCACCCAUACGCUUUCUGCUUGUCUUGCCUCGCCUCGCGUGAACUCGACAUCAAACGAUGCUGUCAGUAUGAUUACAAAGUGUGAAAACUUUUGAUCUGCAUGAGCAGAGCAUGAGCUUCUGAGUCUGGGGUAAAAGCUCGUUAUUACUAGCUACAAGAGGAGUAUAAACCUGUGGAGAAGAAUCUGUUCGUAGAGAAGUGCACUACGGUACUAUUCAGACGGGAUUAGUUUUCUGGAGAUCCGUCAGUGUCCAGAAGAGAAUGACAUAACCUGUCAGAAUGCAAAUCUGUCAGAAUCCAUCUGUCAUGGAGAACAAUCUACCUAAUCCACCCCAGACUGUCUUGAGCAGGCAAUUUUGCCCCACACCGCAGAUGGCAUAUGGUCAACAGCAAAAAAGCUUUGAUCAACAAUCUUCCAGAAGCGAUCCUCAUGCUUUCUUCCAGCCUACAUCACGUUCAGCUGAUUUGCAGCCAAACUGGACACCACAGAUGUGGAGCAGUGGACCACAGAAUCAGUUGCCUUACAUAUCUCCAGCUUCUGGCAGAAAUCAUCUAUCAAAUAUCGUACACCAUGCAGCGUUCAAAGCAGGACAAGUAGAAACCCUGACUGUAAACCUCAGCUGUGAUCCAAAGGUCAUAAAUACCGCUAAUCAGAGGAAUUAUAAGGAUCUGCACUCCAUGCAAAAUGUCAGUUGUACUAGCAAUGCAUUUGUAAAUAGUUCUUGUACGUAUGGUUCAGUUCCACCCGGGAAACACCCUAUAAAUAGAUGGAGUACAUGCUACCAUGGAGUGCAUGCUACACACCAGCCUGCAGCCCAGUCACAGAAGGCAUUUUUAACUGCUCAGAUUAAUCAUGCAGAACUGACAACAAACAUGAAUCAAGGUCAAAUGAGAAUAGUAAGCGAAACACCCAACUCUGUUGUACACGUUCCUGCUGUAUCAAGUCUACCAGUGAACUCAUUGCUGCCUUCACAGUUUGUGAUUUCCAGCAGUCACAGCCAGGUUCAAAAUCCAUUAUGCCAACCUACACCAUGCAGAAAAUAUGAUGGUUAUGGUUACAUUGAUUUACAGCAUAGUUCAAGCAACAUUCCACACCUGCCAAAAAGGGCCAGGUUGAAUUCCGCCACAGUGAGUGGGCUAACUGCAAACUCCCAGGACAUAUCCACUUUUAGCACUUCCACCAGUCACACAUCAUCUCCCAGGUCAGGUUCAGGAUCUGAUAACUACUCCCAUGGGCAUUUAAUACAUCAAUUGCUGCGAAAUCACAACAACCAGAUAAGUGGUCUGAAUUCCUCCAGUUUUGGGUCCCAGUUUGCUAAGAGCAAAAGUGGAUCCCAGCAAUCUACACAUGAUAGUACAGCUAAUUGCAUCACCACUGGAUUAAACUACAGUCAAGACAAGGCAAGGCAAGGCAAGACAUACAAGGAACCUGUUAAAGAAACAGGCAUUUCAAGGGGGAAUGCAAUUGGAGCUGUUGGUCAUCUGGCAGAACCACAAAGGUCAAGGCAGAAUCAGAGCACUAAUUGGAAAAAGAGAAAUGAAGAGUCCUGCAUAUACCCAGUUGUGUGCCAAAAUCUGGUAAAAUCACAGCUCAGAAUAGUUCAUCAAGUCAACAAGGCAGUAGCUGUUGUUCCACCAAUUUCUCAGCAAGUCUUUAGUCAUGGACCACAGAAUGAUGUUACUACAAGCACUCAUUUCAGCCUCCUCUUGAAAACCAACAUUGCCAAGAGUCCUUUUGAGAAGCAUGAGAAGGAGACAAAUGUACAAAAUAUGACCUUUAAUGUCAUUGAGGGUCUGUCUCAGGUACCUUCAUUACCAAGUUCUUCACCAAGACUGGGAUCAGCAGUUGAUAUCUCUAUAAUGCCUACAACAGAAAAAAAUCCAACAUCAGGCUCUCAAAGCUGUGAGAAUUCUCAGUGUGAAAAUGACCCUGUAUCUGCAACCGAAAACUCUAACAAAUGUCAAGGUGCUGCCCACAUUAUUGAUUCAACAUCAAAAGUUUCAGUAGAACAAAGUAAUGUCAAGGAACUUGAAUCUUCUUCAGAAGAAACCACAUUUGAUUUGUCCACAGUUCCUGUAGUUGAAUAUACUUUGCAGGAUCUGAAGGAUAUGGUGAAAACUUUAGAGGUCAAUGCACGAGAGAGAGACAAAUCCACAGUAAGUAAUGUUGUAAAGUGCAUUGUAGAUCUGUUUCAUAAUGGGGACAAACAAAACUUGGCCAAUUUAGUAGCAUUAAAAGAGGUGUUCAAAAGUGCAUCAAAACUGUGUGUAAAAGAAAUGAAUGCUGUGGUUCUUCAGUAUCAGUUACCUAAACAUGUAAAAAUGCUGGAUAAUUGUUCGCAAAUCCUUAUUAAUGAAACCACCUUAACAUCUGAGGACUUUAAAUCCUCCUGGCUGAAUGUGACUGGACAACCACCCGAUGUGGAUAAUGUUCUUGCAGAACCAAUGUCAGACUAUAACCUCACAUGGUGCAAGAAGGUUUCACAGCCAGUGUCUGAAAGUGUUAGGAAUGUUGUAGACAGUCUAGCCCAGACUGGUACAGAGAAUCCUGAAGAUCUGCGUGUGAAUGCUUAUAAAGACAUACCGAAGACCAUAACAGAUAUGGUAAAAGACAACAUGCAAGCAUUCACUGACCCAUCACUUACAAGCAGUUCAGACGAAUGUGUAACAAAUAAUAAUGACGUAUUUGAAAAGGCAGAUGAUUCUGACAAUUCAGAUUCCACCAAUGAUUUGCCGGAAAUCAUACUUCUUUCACCAGAGGAAGCUAGAAAAAUCUUCACUGAAUGUUCUGAACCUGACCAGAAGAGAGAGCGUCAUCAGAUAUGCCAGGAGGAAAGGAAGGACUUCAAAUUCACUUGCCCUCACAUGAAUGACUUAGGCAGUGACAGUGACUUCUUCUGCCUCAGUUGCUGGAAUAAGACACCAAUACUUUACAUUGACCAAGAUGAGACUUUGCUCACCCCAAGGGAGGGGGAACUUAAUACGGAGUACCAGAGACAAAGUCAUAGUCCACAGUCUGGAAAACCAAUCGAAUUCCCAAGUGCACCUGUAUGCCCAGAGAGCAGCAUAAUCAAGUCCGUCAUAUCCACCCAAAAAUCUGAUGGAUCUGAUGUGAUGAGAGAUCCUAAUCCAGGUGGUCAGACACAAAGGUCUAGUCCACCACUUGCUCGAUACCCUAACCCAGGCACCAAGAACAACAGCAUCAUUAAACCAGUUGCAGAGGAUCUCCAAAAAAUGAUGUGUUCAGCUGGUUCAAGGACAGAACACCUAAAAAAGGUAGACUCUCCAUCAGGGACCAAAAUAUUACCAGGAAUGACUUCUCCUUCAAGGAAUUUGCCUUGCAACAAUGUAAAAUCCCCCCAAACUGAUGUAGAUGGUAUCUUAUUCAGCCGUACUCUUGUAAUUAAACAUACUUGCACCUAUAAACAGCCAAGUGACCACAGGUCUACAUCUAGGGAUGAUGCUCAGGGCUGUAAUGAAAGCAAAGAAAGUGGUAACUUUGAUCUGCUUUCUCCCAAAACAAAAGUAGGUACUCUUUCUCAAACACCAAAGGGCAGUGAGACACCUAAAUGCAAUAAUGCAUUACUCCAAAAUCAAAAGAGGUCAAUCAUGAUUGAACAAGGACAUGAUGGACAAUGCAACGAAACAAAGAAACUGAGAUUAGAAAUUUGUGGGUCCAAAAAAAGCACCUUAAGCUGCCAUCAUGAAAAGUCUCCUGUUUACUUCACAGUUUCUUCCUGUCCAAAUAAUGGAAAGAGCUACACAGAUCAGCCAUCAGCUAAGAACAAGGUCUACAGCCAGUGGAAUACCACAUUCAUCCAUCCAUGAAAGAGUUCCUCUUCAUAUAAGAAAAGACAAAGACGGAUCGGCUAAACUAAAAAAUACAAACAUUGAAAAUAGCUUUGGGGGAAAGACUUCUUUGACAGAAACAAUCAACUUAAUGGACCCGAAGGACACAAAGGGCUGAAGAAGAUGACGACAAUGAUGAUGCACAAGAGUACAAAAAGUUAAAGCAUGCUGAUGUGUGUGGAAUUACUGGACAUCAUUUAUCAAUCUUUUGAUAAAAGUGUGUAAAUGUUUUUGUAAACUAAACCAAAAUAUAUUUUUACAUUUAUCUUGGAUUUCAAUAGUUUCUUUUAUACUUUUAUACUUAUAAAUCACUUGUAAAUUAUCCCUAAAAAUGAAUAAUAUAUAAUAUUCAAAAUAAAAAAGCAAGUGCUAGCUAUGGUGUUUGUUUAUGGUGUAUGGCUCUGAGCAGACAGACUGGGCUGAUCUCGGCAUUUCUUUUGCCAUAAGUUCAAGAUUUGCUAUCAGCUCUAAAUGCAGUCAGUGAGAUGGAAACUGUUUUUGCGAUUGUUUUGUGGCAAGAAUUGUCUUAAUGCUAAUCAAAUAGAACUAAGCAGCAGUUUGUGGUAGCAUAUUACUGACAGGAAACCGCCACCUUUAAAGCUGAAGACUUAGUGCAGGAAGUGUGCAAAACUGGGCUGAAAGCAAAAACAAAACACCAAAGCAAUGUGUUGGUGCAUCAGUGUUUGGAGUGAUAUGUUCACCAGAAGUAGGGGAGAUGUUUGGUAAUUUGUUAGUGAGAGUGAGAAUGAACAAAACAAAAAGCCAGAAAAUGUUUAAAAAACAAAACAACUGUUAACAUGUAUACAUGAGAUUUA